CAAAACAGACGUGGCGCAGGUAUCAGCCUUCAUUGAAGCGCAGUUACAGAAUUCGGGGCAGUGUCAUGGAUAUCGCUGGAUGCACCAGAAGUGUUGGAUGAAUGGGAUGGUGACAGACAGGGAAACUGUUCGCAUCCUCAUGCGACUGCUGGACGGCGAGGGAGUUCAGCUGAGGACCAGACGCCGGUUGCGCCGUAGAAUCUAUCACAGCAGGGGCCCAAACUACGUCUGGCACAUAGACGGAUAUGAUAAGUUGAAGCCUUUCGGCAUUGCCAUCAGUGGGUGCAUAGAUGGGUUUUCGAGACGGGUUAUCUGGCUACAUGCCUACAAAACUAAUAACGACCCAGACGUAAUUGCCGGUUAUUUUAUGGAUGCGGUCCUUAGUACUGAAGGCUGUCCCGAGAGAGUACGGUUGGACAUGGGCACGGAAAAUGUUCGCCUUGCUGAAAUGCAAAACUUCCUUCACUGGUCAGAGGGCCAAGUUGCCAACACCGACCAUGUUACGUUUGGUCCAAGCACUGGCAACCAACGCAUUGAACGAUGGUGGUUAACUCUCCGUAACCAGUGCGCACAGUUUUGGAUGGACAUCUUUGACAAACUGCGCUGUGAUGGUCACUUCGCGGACACCUUUCUGGACAAAUCGCUGGUUCAGUUCUGUUUCCUCUCUAUAAUUCAGGAGGAGCUGGAUACAGUGGCAGCAACGUGGAACGAACACAGGAUCCGCCGAGUUCAUGCAUCAAGAAGCCCUCAUGGUCGUCCUUCAAUAAUGCACCUAUUGCCAGAACUCUACGGUGCCAGAGACUGCAGGCAUCGCCCUGCCCUGGAUAAAAUUGAGGCAUGUGUGGAGGAGUGUGUGUUCAAGGACUUCCCCUGUGAUGAAGAUGUGUUUCAUGUUUGUGUAGACGUUAUGUCAGAGCACAAUUUGUCAUUCACAAAUGAGGUGUUUGAAACGGUGAACCUCUAUAUUGCACUCAGAGAGCACAUUCUAAGAGAACUGUCGAAUGCAAAUUGAACCAGGGAUCAAAUGCAAACUUAACUGCUAAAAACAUGUAAUAUAAAUUUCACAACUUAUGAAUUAAAACC